AUGUUCGCUCAAACCGCUGCUCAGGCGGACGCGAUUCGGCUGCUGCCUCGCUCCCGCUCGGUCACCUUGGUGGUAGUGGGUGACGUCUCAGGCGGGUCCCCGUGGUGUCAUAGCGGUGGUGUCAGUGUGGAGAUGAGGCACGGGGAGGGGAGAAAGGCGUGCGGCCGUAGAGAGGUCUCGGUCCGGGCUGCUGUGGUGGUGUGUGUGUGUGGUGGUGUUGCCAUGGAUCAGCCUCAACAGUUUGUGCUGCAUUCACGAAGGAUGGGACCCGCGUGUGCGAUCACCGCGGCCUCAGCCAAUCAGAGCAAGGCGAGGGGGGGGGGGCACGUGAUUAUUCAGAGCAACGUGAGGAGAGCGAGGCCACCGUGCCUGAGUGAGGAAGAGGAUGGACAGGAGAGGAAGAGGGGGGAGAGGCAGGAGAGAGGAUGUACUGAUGAUUGA